AUGGCUCCGAGCUAUGAGUGGCUGGAUUGGCGGCCUGACCCUUCCAGGAUUGAUUGUGCUUUGCUUGCUCGCUAUCUCCGCGAGGUCAGCGACCGCCCGAGCACCGCCAUCCCAGAGUUCAGCCCGCCACUGAUCGGCAAGCCCAGUCUCGAGGAGCUCGACAUCGACCCCGUGGUGCCCUCAUGCCGCUCACUCAUCGUCGCGCACCAGCUCCACCAGGUGGCCACGCAGGACGGUAUGAUGUCCGACUCGGAGUACAGCUGCACUUUCGAGCAGAAGCCCCUCUUGGGCGACGAGCUGCUCAGGAGAGGCAUCCUCGACUCUGCGACGAUCACUCGUGAGUACUACCUGGAUCACGACGAGUACGGCCACCAGGCAGUCCAGUAUGAUGGUUUCGAUGCUGCGACCUCUCUGGAUCUUUCUCUGCCACCACGCGUUGGAGAGGCGUUCAUAGAAACAGUGGCUAUAACGACGAAGCUGAGGCUCUGCGACAUCGAGGACUUCCCCGGCGCGCCCGCCGCGGGACACCAGGGCGGAGCCGCAGGCGCGGAGGCCCCGCUGGUCGCCUUCGGCAGGGGCCCCAAGCGGUGGCUGGAGGCGCAGAGGCUCCGGUGGCAGGCCACGCCGCAGGCGUCGCUGGCGGCCGCGGGAGGCUGGAGGCAGUCGCUCUUCCACGAGGCCUCGGCGUGGGCGCCGCUGUCGGCCGAGACGCUGCGCUCCGAGUGGCACGUCGUGUCGAUGGAGCCCGCGCAGGUGCUCCGCAGUGGCUCCGACCUGCGGGCUGGGGACGCGGUGCUCGUCAACCCAGACGACGAAGAGGAGGCGACGAUCGACGAGCUGAGCGCUGGCGAGCUGCAGCCUGGCAAGGUCGUCGGCUUCGUCGGAGGCCUUGUCCGCGUCGCCCUCGAGACGGGGGAGGAGCGCCUCCUGAGCCGCGGCGCGGUGCGUCCUGCGAAGGAGGAGGGCCUCUUCGUGUGCUGGGUCUCCACGGGCCUCGGGCUCUCGCUGCACAGGUGCGAGCUGCUCGCCCGCCGGCGCGUCGUGCUGGCCCUGGAGUCCGACUUCAGCCCGGAGGGUGCGCGAUGCGCCGUGAAGCCCGCGGAGCUGGUGAAGGGACUCCGCGUGUGGCCGCGGCAGCCCAACGAACGCCGCGUCGGGCCGGGCCUCCUCACGAGCGCCGCGCCGGAGAUCGGCUUGUGCAGCGUGACCUGGGAGAGCGGCGUGGUCGAGGCCGUCUUCGCCGCCGACCUCGAGAGGCAGGGCGGGAGCGCGGCGCGCGUGCUGCGCGAUCCGCCGCGCAACAUGCAGCACGCCUGCCUGAUAGAGCUGGAGAUGGCGGAGGACGAGUUCCAGAGGCAGCGGCACGAGGGGAGCCUGGGCGACAGGGACGAGAGCUGGCCGCGCAUCGACUCUGUCUACGAGGCAGAACAGCCCCUCGACUUCGACGUGCGCUGCCGCCUCGGCGCCACAGUGAAGCUGGUGGCCCCCGAGAAGGCCGAGGCGGGCCUUGGGCGGGGCCUGCUGCGGCUCAGCCUGGAGGACACGACGCGGGUGCCCCACGGGGGCUACCUCGCAGGGCUGGUGCCGCAGAGGAACGUCUACGUGCACCUCUGCUUCGACGCCGCGAGGCCGUCGCGCGCGUUCUGCGGCAUCUUCUCGCCCAUCCUCGCAGAGGCGUGGGCGUGCUUCGGCGGCAUCGACCCGGCCGAGGGCGAGACGAUGAGGCCGGCGCUCGAGCAGGCCCUGGCCGAGCAGCUUGCGCAGAGCGCCGGGGGCGACAGGGACGACCUGUCGUUCGUGCGCGCGGAGGCAUCGUUCGUGUCGGGGAAGUCGCUGAGCGCGAUCGCCCAGUGGAUCGACACCCGACUGGAGGACGUGAGGCAGCGUGACGGGGGCCACGUGUGCGUCCUCUGCUCGCAGCUCCCCGCGGCGGAGCUGCGCGGCUUGUCGCAGAGCUUGUACAUCGACCACCGGCAUCAGAGGCGACUCUCGGCGCUGCGCGAGAUGCCGGCAAUGUCUGACACGCAGCCCUGGCUCUGCCUGCUGCUGGCGCUGGCGGCCCUGUGCCGCCUCCCAGCGCCGGCCCGCUCCCUGGAGGCCGCAGACUACCUGGCCGAGGAGUACUUCCCUGGGUUGCACCUGCUGGAUGUGGGGCCCAGUGAUGUCCGCAUCUACAAGGACUGCCAGAGGCCGCGGGACGGAGAGCCCAUCGCUGUCCGCGCGGGCUGGGCGACGAUGGAGGCCGCGCGGGCUGCCUUCGAGUCCGCGCUCGGGAUCAUGCCGCCCGAGCCGCUGCAGACGCCUUGGGCCUUUUUCGACGCUCAGGGCACUCGGCUGGAGACGGUGGAGGCGCUGCUUGGCCUGCGAGUGGCGUUCCUGCUGGAGAUCGGGGUGUGGAUGUGGCCCGCCGUGCGGGUCGGCUUCGUGCAGGAGGCGACCGGGGUAUUGGAGGGAAGGCCCCUCCGGCUAAAGACGCUGUCCUUGAGGCCCGUGAUCUUCGAGGUGGAGGGCUUCAUCAGGCACGAGGAGGCAGACGCGGUGAUAGGCAUGGGCAAGCACAUGGACAUGCACGAUCGAGGACGGUGUGCUUGGCACCGCCGACAAGGUUAA